GGGGCCAGUAUAAAAGAGGUGCAGAGGAGUGGGAGGGAUCCUGGAGACCCUGAGCCCAUAAGGGAAACUGAGGCGUGCACACAGGUGGCCAUGGCGGGCUGGGUGCUGUGCAUGACCUUGGUGCUGGCAGCACUGGCAGGGGCGGCGGGCGAGACCCGCUACGAGAAGUUCCUGCGGCAGCACGUGGACAACCCCCGGACGUCCACGCUGGCGGCGCAUCGCUACUGCGAGACCAUGCUGGCACGGCGGCGGGUGACGGCCCCGAGCAGGUGCAAGCCCUCCAACACCUUCGUGCACGCCCCGGCCGCGGACCUGGUGGCCGCCUGCUCCCAGGCGCCCGACCCCGCCACGGGGUUCCACAGCACCCCGAGCGCCCUGAGCCUCACGGCGUGCCGCCUGCGCGGCGGGGACACGCGGCCGCCCUGCGCCUACCGCGCCCGCCAGGCGCAGCAGCACGUGCGCGUGGCCUGCCGCGACGGGCUGCCCGUGCACCUGGCGGGCACCUACACGGCCCCACAGUGAGGCCUGGCAUGGCGGCCCCGUGGGCCCUCGGGGCGGAUCCUCCCUCCCAUCAUGGGCUCUGUUAGUGCUGGCAAUAAAGGAGGUGUCAGAG